GCCUUCUGGAUUUGUAGUUUCUCACUCAUUUUUUAGUGAUUUCAAUUAUUUUUCUACCUAAAAAUGGCUUAUUUAACUCAACCAGACUACGUAAAAUACGUCUGUUCUUGUGGACAACUCAAGCCGAUAACAAGCUUAUAUUUCUGCCGACAUUGUUUGAAGAUACGUUGCGGAUUCUGUAUUUGUCAUGAGGUGGAUUCCCACCACUGUGCCAACUGCCUUGAAAACAUGCCCUCAUCUGAAGCCCGGCUGAAGAAAAACCGGUGUAGCAGCUGCUUCGACUGCCCCAGCUGCUUCCACACACUGUCUACAAGAGCUACAAUGGCUCAGCAAAGACAAGCACAGGAUCCUGCAGGAGGGGACGCUAAAGUAGAAAAUAAACAACCGAAAAAGAUGUACUACCUGUCCUGCUUUAAUUGUAGGUGGACGUCAAGAGAUGUUGGCAUUCCGGACCAGUCUGUUGCAUCAGGUGGUUGGCCAGAAAGAACAAACCCUUUCCUCUCGCGGUACAAUCAGUUGCUGGACUAUUACAAAGCCAUUGCUCAGCAGGAGAAACAGGAGAAGUUAGAAAGAGAAAGGAAGAAGUUUGCUAUCAGAGGGAAAUACAUCACUUUAACUGAUAAAACCGGUCUAACAGGGGCAAUGGCGCGUAACAUCGCGGGUCUCCCGUCGAGCGAGUCGGGCUCAUCGGCCGCCAUCGCCAACUUCACGCCGAGCCAGGCCUCUGAGGAGGUAGAGGAGCUGCCUGACGACAUCUACACUAAGGAGGUCAACUUGAAGCAGAUAACGAGCAUGCCGCAGCGGCUGGCAGCGCCGGAGUGGCAGCCGGCGCUGGUGGCCCGCCUGCACCCGCUGGCCAAGCUGCUGAGCAUCAAGCGCAGCCAGCGCUGCCGCGCCUGCGACCACAACCUCACCAAGCCCGAGUACAACCCCGGCUCCAUCAAGUUCAAGAUCGAGCUGCUGGCCUACUACCACGUGCCCGAAGUGAAGAUAAUCUCCUACGAAACAAUCAAACCGGGCGAGAAGUCGGCCCUACUACUGAAGCUGACCAACCCGACUGCUCACGAGAUGCAGCUGAGGUUAUUGCAGCCGGCUGACGUGCCGCCGGUUGAAGAGAAGGAAGAACCGAGAAGCAUCGAGAAGUCGCUGGAAAAGUCGCUCAAUUUGGAAAAGGACACGUCAUACCGCAGCAUCUAUCGGACAGCAGACGUCAGCAGCAGCUGCGUCGUGGUGACGCCUGCGACGACGCUGACGCUCGCACAACGCGACGACGCCGCCGAGUACGACGACGACUCGCAACACGACACCAGCGACAUAAUCCUCUGGCGCAAGUCCAACAAGCUGGCGCUUCGUCUCGAGGUCCAGACGGACUCCGCUGCCCAAUCAGGAGCCCCGGCCCGCGCGGCCCUUGCCUUGGAGUAUUCCUACCGCAACACUGUGCCACCCGCCGCGCCCGCGCCUAACCAUCACACGUUAUACGCGACUCUUGUGCUUGAUCUAGGCACUGUAGGGUAGACUUAUUUUCAGUACUCAAUAUUUAUGCAAGUUAAGGCCACACCAGCUUCCAUCGAAGAAGUUUUUGUUUCAAAAAUUCUUUAUGCUUGGUCAGGCUGCACACUCAGCCGCGGCGCGUAUAAAAUCUUAUUCGAGUGUCCAUAGUGGCGCCCGCACGUUUCUUAUAGUGGCCAAGCACUUAGUGCUACUACUGUCCCAUCUCAAAAACCGCAAACAUACUAUAUUUAAUCUUGUUCAAUAAAUAACAAUGGUGUGGACCUUAGAAUCCCUUAAAAUCACAAUCAAACGUUUGGAAAGCUCUUCCCAGCAGGCAAAAAAAUAAUGCAAUAAAGUCAUCCCAAACUUACGCAAGCAACAAUGUUGUUGCAUUUUCAGCAAAUACGAAAGCUUUCGUAAAUGCAAAUAAUCAUGUUACUUUUAUUAUUUAGUUAGUUUAUACAGAAAUAAAUAGUCAGCUAGUCUCGAACAUAUUUAUCAUAUUAUAUCACUGUUAAAAUGUAUUCUUAUUCUACUCAAUUUUCGAAUAUAGCAGCUAUAUUUAGGGUGAACAAUACAAAAUAUGUGCCUAAUUGGACUUGUUGCAUGAAACAACUUAAAAUUCGAGGUUAGUUUAAUUUAUUUUUUUAUACAUUAUAGUUUAUUUAAUUAUUAGUGUUAAGUAUUAAUUUAGGUUAAGUUUGUAAUGAAGUCGCCAGUUUCACUGCAGCGCAGUGAACACGUUAACAGAUUAUAACUUUUGCACAUUUAUAUUGCAAUGCAACAAGUAUUUAUCAGCUGUUGAAUAUUAGCUAAAUAUAUUUUCAGCUUAC